AAGAGACUCAAUAGAUUGAGAUUUGGUUUUGAAGGGAAAAAAAUACAAUUAGUAAGGUGGAGGAAUAAGACACAGCCAAACACGUCCCUGUAAUCCUAUGUAAUUGCACUGGAAGUCGGUGUCGUUUUAUAAUCCAACACUGUAAAUUCCUCGCCGCUGAAAUCGAACCGUCGAUCUAAAUCAAGCAAUCAAAACAAAGAGAAUGUCCGUUCUUCUUCCGGACGAGCUAUGGAGACGAAUACUCGAAAUAGGAAUCCGAGACUCCGGUUUCGAUUACAAGGAUCUCUGUUGUAUCUCCAUCUCCUGCCGCCGCUUCCACCGAUUAUCCGUUGAUGACUCUCUCUGGUCCCAUCUAUUUUCCUCCGAUUUUCCUAAUCAAAUCUCUAACUGCAACAACAUCAAGGAUUCUUCGUCAUCUUCAUCCUUCAAAUCGCUCUACAGAAUCAGGUUUGAGAGGGAGAAGGAGAGGAGGCUUCUGGCGCAUAGGAGGGCAGUGAUGAGGAAGGAGAGUCAGGUUUUGGAGUUUUCCAGGAAGAUUCGAGAACUGGAGGGUCAAUUAAGAGGAGAGACUGACAAAUUGAGAGCCACAGCAGUCGAAUUAUCGAACUUGCACAAGGUCAGGCAAGCAUCUGUAGCUUUGAACGUAUGGCAGCCUGAGAUUGUCAGGGGUAGACAAAAAGAGAUUGUUGAGCAAUGUGCUGUCUCAGUUGAAUCUCGGCAGCAUGCCCUUGAGAUGGAACUUAAGCUUUGCAAGCAACGAAUAGGAGGUUUUGAAAAAUCCUAUAAAGCAGAAAAGCGGAGGCUUAAAUCAGCAGAGGAAGAACUGGCAUCUAUGAAGUAUCAUCCAUUACGAGAUUAUGGGUUAACAAGUAGAGGAGACAAUGAAUGUAACACAAAGAGGAAGAAGUUGAAAAGAUGGCAGUAACUUUUCCGAAAAACUUGGGAAAACAUAAAGAGAGGUGUAAGUCUUUGAUAAACUCUCUGUUAUCACCAUCUCUUCUUUCUGGUUUCCACACCUGUGCUUCUUCAAGUAGUCAUGGCCGCCUCGCACGCAGGUCUUCUCCUAUCUUUUACAAGGCGUUCUGAAGCUUUCUUCACCCUUGUGGAUGCUUUCCUAGUUCCCUUGGUCCAUGGCCUCCACGAAAUUGUGGCAGAUCUGGUUCUGAAUGAAAUUUGAGUUCAUGAUAUAGGCCUCUGAAUCUCCUUGAUUUGUAUGUAACAUUAUGUGGUGUUGUAACACAAUAGCAUGGUCAAUUCAUUUUCUUCUGAUCAUAAAUUAAACUCAAAAGACCAUUUAGUUUUCCAUUUGAGCUCAUGAUCACCUAGUGGGUUUAAACUCGCAUUUCUCAAUAACUUGUAACAUAAAUAUUUUGUACAAAUGAAAACUAAUAAUUAUAUUAAGAUAUUGAAUAUUUAUAGAAUGUACAGUUGCCUCCAA